AUGACUGAAAAGAAACAACUCAUAAUCAACGCCUUUGCAAUGCAAUCGCCAAGCCACCUGAACCCAGGUCUAUUCCGCUAUCCAACAGACCAAGGUGCCGACUACAAAAACAUCAAGCACUGGAUUGCCCUCGCAAAGAAACUCGAAGAAGCAAAGUUCCACGCCAUCUUCUUCGCCGAUGUCCUAGGUGGUUACGAUGUCUACAGGGGACCUGCGAACCUCGAUCCUACCAUUCCGGCCGGUGCCCAAUUCCCAAUCAAUGAUCCUCUCUAUAGCAUUCCUGCCAUGGCGGCCGCGACGGAGAAUAUUGGGUUCGGUGUUACCGCGUCGACGACAUAUGACGCCCCCUAUGCACUGGCAAGGCGAUUCUCCACGGUUGAUCAUCUCAGUAAUGGUCGCGUUGGUUGGAAUAUCGUUACCUCGUAUCUGGAUUCGGCAGCGAGGAAUUUCGGGUUGGAUACGCAGGUCGAGCACGAUGAGCGGUACCGCAUUGCGGAUGAGUACCUGGAUGUCACGUACAAGCUGUGGGAAGCGUCGUGGAGGGACGACGCUGUGACGUUCGGAAAAGGUGGUUCCCAGAACCAGCCGUAUGCCGACCCAAAGGGAGUCCGCCAGAUCAACCACAAGGGGAAAUACUUCCAAGUUCCCGGCCCGCAUCUGUGUGAGCCUAGUCCCCAGCGCACGCCAUUUAUCCUUCAGGCGGGAACAUCCACUGCUGGCAAGGCCUUCGCAGCGAAGCAUGCCGAGGCUGUUUUCCUGCAUGCGCAGAAGCCGGAGCUUGUUCGGCCCUCUGUUGAUAGUAUUCGGCAACAGGCUGCCGAGUUGGGUCGGAAUCCACAGGAUAUCAAGAUUGUGGCCGGGGCGUUGGUCAUUGUUGCUGAGACGGAUGAAGCCGCGCAGGCCAAGUUUGAUGUGUUGAAGACGUAUGGUGAUCGGGAGGGUGCGCUUGCUCUGUUUGGUGGCUGGACGGGGUAUGAUCUGUCGACAUAUGAUGAUGAUCAGGACUUCCGGUUUGUGGAGUUGCCUGCUGUGCGGAGCAUGGUAAAUCACUGGGCGAGUACUGUUCCUGGGACUGAGGGUCAGAAGUGGGAUAAGAAGACUAUUGCGGAAUAUUUGGUUCUUGGUGGGAAUGGGGUCAAGAUUAUUGGGAGUGUGAAGACUGUUGCGGAUGAGUUGGAGCGGUGGGUUAGUGUUGGUGAUGUUGAUGGGUUCAACUUGAGUUAUGCUAGUUUGCCGGAUACGUUUGAUGAUGUUAUUCGGUUAUUAUUGCCUGAGUUGCAGCGCCGUGGGUUGUUCUGGUCUGAUUAUGCGGUUAAGGGAGGGACUUUCCGGGAGAAUAUGUAUGGCAAGAAAGGCCAGGCGAGACUCCCUGAUGCGCAUCCUGGAGCCAAGUAUUUCUGGAAAGAAGGCCAGGAGGUUCCUCCAUAUUCGUUGGAGUCUAAUUAG